UUGUUAAUUUUCUGUUUUUUCUCUAUAGUUCUUCAAAGCCGAAGUCGAAUAGAAAAUGUCGAUGAUUCCAAGCAUUUUCGGUGGUCGACGAAGCAAUAUCUUUGAUCCAUUCUCACUGGACAUCUGGGAUCCGUUCGAGGGCUUCCCCUUCAACAAUAACAAUUCCCUUACCUCAGCUCCCAAUUCAACUCGUGAAACCUCUGCAUUCGCCAGUACUCGCAUCGAUUGGAAGGAGACUCCUCAAGCUCAUGUGUUCAAGGCCGAUCUCCCUGGGCUUAAGAAGGAAGAAGUGAAGGUAGAGGUGGAGGACGGAAGAGUCCUCCAGAUUAGCGGAGAGAGGAGCAGGGAGCAGGAAGAGAAGAACGACAAGUGGCACCACGUGGAAAGGAGCAGCGGCAAGUUCCUGAGGCGAUUCAGGCUGCCUGAGAAUGCCAAGAUGGAGCAGGUUAAGGCCAAUAUGGAGAACGGAGUGCUUACGGUCACUGUCCCCAAGGAAGAGCAGAGGAAGCCCGAGGUCAAGACCAUCGAUAUCUCCGGCUAAAUACUUCCUACUCCAAUUCCAACCUAUAAAACCAUAAUGUGUAUUGGUUGCUUGUGAUAUGCUAUGGUGUUUUUGAUGUAGAAUUUGCUUGUGAGAAUGUCUCUUCUAGGGUCUGGUACUUCGUCUAAGUUUCGUUGGUGUUGUAAUG